UCUGUCCCCGCGCCGCCCCGCCCCGUCCCUGCGCGCGGCCGCGAGUGCGGGUGCGGCGCGGAGCGGGUGCGCUCCUUGCGCGGGGCCGCCAUGGCGUGGCCCUGCAUCACCCGCGCCUGCUGCAUCGCUCGGUUCUGGAACCAGCUGGAUAAAGCGGACAUCGCCGUCCCUCUCGUGUUCACAAAAUACUCGGAGGCCACCGAGCAGCCCGCCGCCCCCGCGCCCGCCCCUCGCCCCGCCGCCCCCAUCGACACCCAGCCCGGCGGCGAGGCGGCGGGGGGCGGCGGCGCGGCGGGGGAGCCGGCUCCCGGUCCGGCCCGGCCCGGCCCGGCCCCGCACGCUUCUCCCCCGGCCGAUUCGGUGAUGCGCCACGACUACAAGCCCUGGAAGGUGCAGCGGCCGGAGCCGAGCUGCAAACCCAAGAGCGAGUACCAGCCCUCGGAUACCCCCUUCGAGAAGGAGACGCAGUACCAGAAGGAUUUCCGUGCCUGGCCCAUCCCCAAGCGGGGUGACCAUCCCUGGAUCCCCAAACCGGGACCUUCCCCCGUCCUCGCCCUGGACCGCGGGUCCCCGGAGAAACCAGCUCAGGAGAAACGAAGGAAGGUGCUGCCCGGUCCCGAGAAGAAGGAGGAGGACCCCGAGGUGGAGGAUGAGCAUCCCAAAGCGAUGCGGGCCGGGGAUGGGAGAGAGAAGGGGAGGAAGAAGGCGGAGGAGGCGGGCGGGCAGCCGCUGGACGCGGGCAGGGGCAGGGCGGCCGCCGAUGCUCUCAACAGGCAGAUCAAGGAGGAGGUGGCGGCGGGGGUCAGCUCGUCCUACAGAAAUGAGUUCAGACCCUGGGUAGACGUCAAGCCUGUGAAAGCUAUAAAAGCAAAGGCCCAGUACAAGCCACCAGAGGAGAAGAUGAUCCAUGAAACCAGUUACAGCGCUCAGUUCAAGGGGGAAACCAGUAAGCCUGCUCCAGCUGAUAACAAAUUCCUGGAACGCAGAAGGAUACGCACUCUCUACAGCGAACCCUACAAAGAACCGCCAAAGGUGGAAAAGCCUAGCGUAAAGCCUCCCAAACCAAAAAAGACCACAACAAGCCAUAAACCCCUGAAAAAGGCCAAAGACAAGCAGAUUGCAUCUGGCCGGGCUGCCAAGAAAAAGAGCGCCGAGACCUCCAACACAGCAAAGCCAGAGGACAAGGAGAAAAGUAAAGAGAUGAACAAUAAACUGGCUGAGGCAAAAGAGACCCCUGAAAAAAACACUGGUGCUACAGACCAAGAACCAAGUACCUUAGUGCAGGACCAAUGCACAUGAAGUCGAGUACUUUCUUCUGACCGGCUGCUGGAGCAAACGUAUAGUCUGCAUGAAAUGUGUGUCGUCUGACUGGUAUACAAUAAAGCUGAUGAUCAGAGCUGAAUGACAAUUUCUCUUGUCUGUCAAGCACUGAGAAGUUACUGUCACCAGGAUCUAUGUAAUGCAGUUAGCAUGUCUGUGCCUUGGUUUAUAUUCAGUAAAGUCAUAGAAAGAAAAAUGGGUCCAAUUCGCCCUUUCUUCAUACCUGUGAAACAGCACUGG